AUGGCUCGCCAGAAAAAGAAAGCCGCUGAUAGGUCAGAGUCAGUCAAGCCCCGUCGGGCGCAUCGCAAGUCGCGCAAUGGCUGCACAGUCUGCAAGCAAAGACACAUGAAGUGUGAUGAGUCCAGGCCGAUCUGUCUGAACUGCAAAAUAUCGAAUCGCCAAUGCGCAUAUGCCGCUUCUGACUUGUCGCCAUCCCCGCAAGAAACAAGUCCUGAUACCCAGACGUCUCCGGCCAGCUGUGAUCCUGCAUAUGGGACCCCUAACAGCGACACCCCUGGUCUCGUUCCCCCGACUCUUCUCUCGGCCAUCACCCCAACCACUUACAACGCUACAUUGGAAAGGGGUGACUUGUUUACUCUCGACCACCUAGCUCUCCUACACCACAUCGAAACAAGCAUUCCCGACAUGAUGUUGGGCGACUCUUUCGGCCACACCCUUGUCAACGACAUCAUGGAAUACGCCUUGACAUGCCCAUAUCUCAUGAACCAAGUCCUCGCCAUCGGGGCUCUCCACCUCAGCAAAAGCGAUACAACCCAAGUAAGGCAUCUUCAACAAGCCACCGCCCUCCAGACUAGAGCGGUAGCAUUGUUCAACGAGGCGAGAGACGAAAUCUCGGAAGAAACAUGUGUGCCCAUGUUUCUCUUUUCAUCCUUGCUUGGAGUCCAUGUCCUCUGCGAUACCCUUCAGGGCCCACGAGAGCACCUGGGCGCCGUCCUCGAUAGAUUUGUCAGAUACUUGUCUAUACAACGAGGUGUCCGAGCAGUGACAGGACAGUCAUGGAGUAUGAUUAAGAGAUCAGGAAUCGGAGACUUUCUGCAACGCAUCGAGGAUGCCAUCCCGCCUGGGGGCCACUCAACAAGAGAGACGGAGCCAUUGUCUAGGAUGAUUGACGAGUCUGGUCUUGGUUCAGCAUCUGUUCAUGCGUAUCGGGAAACCAUAUCCAUGUUACAACAAGCGUUUUCUAUUCAUCACAGCUUACGGUUGCGAGGCCGACGGUUUGAUGCUGCGCUCAUGUUUUGCGCCACGUUGAACGAAGAGUAUAUCGAUCUUCUGAGCCAGCGCCAGCCAGAAGCACUCGUUAUUUUGGCAUUUUACGCAGUUCUGUUGCACUGGAAUAGAGACGUGUGGGUCCUUGGUGAUGGUGGAGAGUACUUGAUCAAAGCCAUCGCAGCUCAUCUGGGGGCACAUUGGGCAUCUUGGCUGCAUUGGCCAGUUUCAGUUUUGGAAAACUCUUCAGGUUUAGAUACUUAG